AUGGAGGAGGUUGCGACAGCACCAAUUAUACAUGACACAACACAACAAGUGUACGUUCAACCGGAUCCAUACGGGACUUCACAUGUUGGACAAAUUGUAUCUGAACAACCACUUUUUGCCCAGUCGACAGUGACGUCGGAACAAACAAGCGAAAAGUCAUUGCGUAGAGCAAAACUUUUGUUUUUGGUGGGAUUCAUUUUGCCACCACUUUGGCUGGUACUAUUUAUUGUUUAUAUUUUCAUGAAAGAUGUAAGACUCCGGAUGUGGGGAGUGUGGUCCUUCACGGCUUUUAACGCUUAUUGGUUUGUCAUUUCUUUCACUGGGUUUAUGAUCGUGAUUUUCUGA